CUCUGGGACAGUCGUGUCCGAGACCCGGGCUCCAACCAGGGCGGCGGCGUGUCCAGUGAGGUACUCGGUAUCUGCACCACUCCGAGCUAAGGCUCCGCCCCCCAGAACCCGCGAGGCCUUCCGCCCUCCGAGGACCCCAGACCGCCAGGGCGAGAGGGAGGGGCCGCCGCCCAGCGCUGUCCCCGCCCGCAGCCCAGGGCGUGCAAUAAGAAGCGGGUGUCAGCGCGGCCUGUGCUCGCUUCCUUGCAGCCCCAGUUCGCCCCUCGGUGCCCCUCGCUCCGGACCUUGACUGUGGCUGCGACCUCAGGCCCGCGCCUUCCAGGUUUUCUCUUGUCGCAAGGGCAGAAGCUCUCCAGAUGUCUUCCGGGAAUGACCAAGUUUUUGUCCCGAUGUCACAUACAAAAACCAGCAGCCUCCCCAGGAUGACCCCCAAUGACCUGACGACGUUUACUGAAGGGGCUGUGUUAAGUUUUCAUAACCUCUGCUAUCGAGUAAAAGUGAAGAGUGGCUUUCUACUUGGAAGGAAAACAACUGAGAAAGAAAUACUGACGAAUGUCAAUGGGAUCAUGAGACCUGGCCUGAACGCCAUUCUGGGACCCACAGGUGGAGGCAAAUCUUCGUUGUUAGAUAUCUUAGCUGCAAGGAAAGAUCCACAGGGAUUAUCUGGAGAUGUUUUGAUAAAUGGAGCACCUCAACCUGCCAACUUCAAGUGCAACUCAGGUUAUGUGGUACAGGAUGAUGUUGUGAUGGGAACUCUGACAGUGAGAGAAAAUUUACAGUUCUCAGCAGCUCUUCGCCUUCCAUCAACUAUGACGAAUCAUGAAAAAAAUGAACGGAUAAACGUGGUCAUUCAGGAGCUAGGUCUGGCUAAAGUGGCAGAUUCCAAGGUUGGAACUCAGUUUACCCGUGGUGUAUCUGGAGGAGAAAGAAAAAGGACGAGCAUUGGAAUGGAGCUUAUUACCAAUCCAUCCAUCUUGUUCCUGGAUGAGCCCACAACUGGCUUAGACUCAAGCACAGCAAAUGCUGUCCUUUCACUCCUAAAGAGGAUGUCUAAAAGUGGACGAACCAUCAUCUUCUCCAUUCAUCAGCCUCGUUUUUCCAUCUUCAAAUUGUUUGAUAGUCUCACGCUGUUGGCCUCAGGAAAACUAAUCUUCCAUGGGCCUGCUCAGGAGGCUUUGGAGUACUUUGCAUCAGCUGGUCACCAUUGUGAGCCCUAUAAUAACCCUGCAGACUUCUUCCUCGAUGUCAUCAAUGGAGACUCCUCUGCUGUGGUGUUAAACAGAGAGGACAAAGAUGGUGAAGCCAAGGAAACUGAAGAACCUUCCAAGAGAGAUACGCCAAUCAUAGAAAAAUUAGUUGAGUUUUAUGUCAACUCUGCCUUCUUCAGAGAAACAAAAGUUGAAUUAAAUCAACUCUCAGGGGUUCAUAAAAAGAAGAAGAGUGUGGUCUUCAAGGAGAUCACCUACGCCACCUCCUUCUGUCAUCAAGUCAGAUGGGUUUCCAAGCGUUCAUUCAAAAACUUGCUGGGUAAUCCCCAGGCCUCCAUAGCUCAGGUAAUCGUAACAGUCAUCCUGGGACUGGUUAUAGGUGCCAUUUUCUAUGAUUUGGAAAAUGACUAUACAGGAAUGCAGAAUAGAGCUGGGGUGCUCUUCUUCCUGACAACCAACCAGUGCUUCACCAGUGUGUCUUCUGUGGAGCUCUUCGUGGUUGAGAAGAAGCUCUUUAUGCAUGAAUAUAUCAGUGGAUACUACAGAGUGUCAUCUUAUUUCAUUGGGAAACUGUUAUCUGAUUUACUACCCAUGAGGAUGUUACCAAGUAUUAUAUUUACUUGUAUAACCUACUUCAUGUUAGGAUUGAAGCCAGUGGUGGAGUCCUUCUUCAUCAUGAUGUUUACCCUUAUGAUGGUGGCUUAUUCGGCCAGUUCUUUGGCUCUGGCCAUAGCAGCAGGUCAGAGUGUGGUGUCCGUAGCAACACUUCUCAUGACCAUCUGCUUCGUGUUUAUGAUGAUUUUUUCAGGGCUGUUGGUCAACCUCCGGACCGUUGCGCCUUGGCUUUCAUGGCUUCAGUACCUGAGCAUUACUCGAUAUGGCUAUGUGGCUUUGCAGCAUAAUGAAUUUAUGGGACUAAACUUCUGCCCAGGAGUCAAUGUAACAGCAAACAGUACCUGCGGCUUUACAAUAUGCACUGGAGAAGAAUUUUUGAUAAACCAGGGUGUCAACACCUCACUGUGGGGCCUGUGGCAGAACCAUGUAGCCUUGGCAUGUAUGCUUGUCAUCUUCCUUACAAUUGCUUACCUAAAAUUGUUGUUUCUUAAAAAAUUUACAUAAAUUUCUUUCUAAUUUAUAUGAUUUAUCUACUUAUUAAAAAGAACAUCUUGACUUAUA